CUGGUAGCUGCCCCAUUCUGAUCUCUUCCAGCAAGCUUCUCCUCACUGACCCCCAGUAACCGAAUUCACAAACAAUCAUCCAGUCCAGAGCGUAUUACCCCCGUAGAGCAUAUAUCCUGGUUUCGUCAUAUCACCUCGGCGCGUUCGUCGUCCUAUUUUCAAGCAAGCACACGAGUCCAGCUCCCGCGGUCUCCUUUUAUUCGUCUAGCACAUUACGCCCUACUGCAGCGCACCUCGUCCUACGACCUCCGUGUGGUCUCCCUCCUUCCUUCAGCAAGCACCGCCAUGCUGAGUCCUCUACCACAACCCCUCCACAUGGCGUCCCCAUCGCCGCCCCCCUCUCGGCACGCCUACGCGCCCCCUUGCUACAACGACCGCACGUCGGAGCUCGUCUCCGCUGUAGAGCGACUCAAUAAAGCGGCGGCGCCGUGGGACUCGCAGGCGACCAUGGGACAGCAGCCAAUCGCAGCAGCGUACGGAAUCCCUCCGCAGCCAACUGGGUUACAGCGUACAACAUCCUCCCUCCCAGUAGCGGGUACAAAUGCGCGUCUCAGGCGUACAGCCUCGGUGAACCCCCGCGGCGCGGAUAACAGUCCACGUGGCAGCACCAGCGGCAGCAGCGGGCCGUCCUCCCCAAUUCGACUGGGUACCAUCGCGACCUUCGAGGCGCCCGGAAAACCCGCAGCCAGAACCGAAACCGAAGCCGCAACCGCAACCGCAGUUUCAGCAGCAGCAGCAGCAGACUCACCGCAGGGCACAACUCCGCAACCCCCUUCCGCCAACACAAGCGCAUCCACGCCCGCGGCGGGCUUAUCCGCAGCACCUGCCUCCCCGGCGCGUGCACGCGCCGCUAGCGCGGCACCGGCACCGGCGGCGGGCGAUUCAGCCCACCACCCGCAGUCGGAGCUGAGCCGGCGCGCGUCGCGGAUCGGGCUUAGCAUCCACCAGAUGAUGCAGAAGCUGCACAAGCUCGCGAAACUUUCGAAGCGCACGUCGAUGUUCGACGAUCCGACGGCCGAGAUUCAAAAUCUCUCUGCGCUCGUCUCGCAAGACCUCUCCGCGCUCGGCGCCGCGAUUUCCGGCCUGCAAUCGUUUUGCGAAGCGCAGGCGCUCAGCAAGGAAGCAGGCGACUCCAGGCAGCCGUCUGGCGGCUCGGCUGGCGCCGUAGCGGGAAAUGCGGCGGCGGAUGCGGCGACGCGGCAGCGCGUCGAGCUGGGAAUGGCGGUGGUGGAGAGCCUGCGAGAGCGGCUCGCAAAGGCGGGGGAGGAAUUCAAAGACGUCCUCGCGACGCGAUCAGAGGCCCUGAAGGUGAGUGAGAAUCGGCGGCAGCUGUUCUCCGCUACAGCCGCCACGGGGCAGAGCGCUACAGCCUGGCACAGCAAACGGCCCGUUGUGGGCGGCGGUACGGCGCUCCUCCCCACCACCUCCUCCUCCUCCUCCUCCCUCUCCCUCGCCUCCUCCCCCUCCGUCUCCCCCUCCUCCUCCCCCUCCUCCACCCUCCCCGUUUACAACCCCUUCGGCCGCAACACCACGGCAACUGCCGCCAACAGCCACACCGGCCCCAGUAGCAGCAGCAGCAGUUACAGUAACGGUAACGGCUUGUUACCCUGCUACUCCUCCCCGUCCCCUUCCGCGUCCGCCUCUGCGCCGUCCUUCGCGCAGCAUGGCAGCGCGCAGCAGCAUGCGCACGCGGCGAGUGCGCACCACGCCAUAGCGCUGCAGCAGGUGGAGAGCAGCAUGGGCGAGCUGACGGCCGUGUUCCGCGACCUCGCGCACACAAUGGCGCAGCAGGGGGGGGGGCAGAAGGCGGACGGCGCUGCUGACUUGGCCAUUUGCAUUGACGAUGGGCUAUCAGAGUCGUUGCUGCAGAUGCAGCAGGCGCACCGGGCGCUGCUGAAAGAUCUGGACGUGACGCACUCGCACCGCCCCCUCAUCAUCAAGUCCUUCCUUACGCUUGCCUCCUUCCUCUUCCUGCUCUUGGCCUUCUCCGCAUGACCGCCGGCAAUGUGGGGAAAUUACUCACAUGUCACAUGCCCUCUCCUUCCUCACUUGACUCUCCUCGCAUAUUCCGCGUGUCCCCCGCGUGGAGCCGCAGCAUUGCCUCCUCUCCCCUAAAGCCUGAUCGCGUGACCAUCCCCUGCACUGCUCCUGCGGCUGCUGCCGCCGGGCAUGCCCAUUGAGCCACAGCUAAGACCUCCGCUGCUGUCCCGUGUUGCUUCCUCAAAUUGCAUGCCUUUAUGUCCACCAGAACAGUGGUAGUACAGUGAUGGCAAUAAGUAGUGCAAGACUGUUAAACGGUCUUGCUACUUGACAUACUUUGACUAGCUAUUUGCUAAUAAUAUGAUAACCUUAAUUGCCUUAUCAGAUUUGUAGUGCAUAAAAAUGAUGAAUUGAG